UAGAGACCGAAGACUGUUCUUUUACACACAAGCAAAGCAGCGUGCUAGCAUGGUAUCAGCAGGGUUGCAGAUGCUGGGCAUAGCCCUGGCUAUCAUCGGCUGGAUCGGGGUGAUCGUGGUUUGCGCUCUCCCUAUGUGGCUUGUCACGGCUUUCAUUGGACAGAAUAUAGUCACUGCGCAAAUAACCUGGGAAGGAAUCUGGAUGAGUUGUGUGGUGCAGAGCACCGGACAGAUGCAGUGUAAGGUCUAUGACUCCAUGCUGGCUCUCGGCUCAGAUCUACAGGCGGCUCGUGCCCUGACUGUCAUCUCCAUCCUGGUGGGUGUCUUUGGAAUCCUGCUAGCGGCUGCUGGAGGGAAAUGCACCAACUGCAUCGAGGACGAGCGCGCCAAGGCCAAAGUCGGCAUCAUUUCAGGAGCCAUCUUCAUCGUGGCUGGAGUUCUGUGUUUGAUUCCCCUCUGCUGGACGGCCAAUACAGUUAUAAGGGACUUCUACAACCCUAUGACCGUCAGCGCACAGAAGAAAGAGUUGGGAGCUUCGUUGUUUAUUGGAUGGGCUGCUUCGGCGCUGUUGAUUAUUGGCGGGUCGUUGCUUUGUGCAAACUGCCCUCCUAAAGAUCAGUACACUGCUAAGUACACAGCUCGGCCUGGAGGAAACAAAGGCUAUGUAUGAAGAAGAACCAAGGAGCACUGUGAAUAGUGACUUUAAUUUGUAUCUUGGUCAGAUUUUGACCUGUUUGUGUUACAACUGACCACGUAUGUGAAUGUUCUGGUUGAAUUAGCUGUCAGCUGCCAACAUUUUAUAGUAAUGGUCAAAUACUAAGAAAGUUUCAGGUCACAGAGCUGAAUGGAAUUUUUACUGCCAAAAAUUGUGUGGGAACUGUAAAUACCUCUUUUUAAUUUUACCUGCUGGAUUCACACACUGUGGAUUCCCUCUUCAGAUAUGCUUAGUGUUAAGGAUUUAUACAAAAUGUAAAUUUAAUCAUGUGCUUUGUGACAGAUAUUUGUGCUAUGCUACAAAACCUUUCAACUAUAUGCAUUACAAACAAAUAAAUUAUUUAAAAACAC